ACCUUCGCAGUGCUUCCUGUUUUAACUGUUUUGAUUAUUUUAUCUUGAUAUAUUUAUGAUUUGUACCUUAAUUAUUAGUAUAUCGGAAUGUCACACUUGCAGGAACAUCCUAUGCAAGGAACAUGUAUGGAGAUGUGCCCAGAAUCAGAAAUUAUCAUGAGGGAGAAACAUGGAUUAUUACACCCUUUUGAAAUGGUACCUGAGACACGUCAUCAUAAAAGACCUAGAGCCAGUAGAGAGUGGAUGGUGAAGGAGUACAGUAGACCCGCAGCAGGGAAAGCAGAGCCAUCGCAGUCAGAGUUGAGACCUCCUGAUGUUCUCUUGAAGACUGUCAACUUUCUCAUGGAUAGGGUUGUGCCUAUAAGCAGUUGUGCCUGGAAGGAUGUUUACGAUUAUGUGUUCGAUCGAUUGCGAGCUGUGAGGCAAGAUAUGGUGAUGCAAAGUAUUGGAGGCGUGGAAGCUAUCAGAAUUCUCGAAGUUGCAAUAAGGUUCCACAUAUAUGCAGCCUACAGAUUAUGCACAGAACCUCUUGCUAGGUUUGACCAGAAGAUAAAUAACACUCAUACACAAGAAUGCAUGAAGAGACUUUUAGUGUUAUAUGACAACAAUGUUACGCAACAAAAUUACCAUGGAGACACAGUUUGUUACCAUAGCAACAGAGAUGAAUUUGAGAGCAUAUAUGUUUUACACAACAUUGGGAACUCCGAGGCAUUGUUGCAUGCAUUGGACAUAAAGAAUAAGAUAAGGUGCAGUAAAUGGCUAAAUAGGUCUCUUGAGAUCAGCAGAGCGUACCAAGAUGGUAAUUACGCUAGGUUCUGUAAAAUGGUGCGUUUAUUGCCUGUUAUUCUAAGAUGUGCAGUACACAGACAUACAGCUGAAGUUCAAAGGAGAGCAUUAGGGAUAAUGUCAGUUGCCUACAGCAGUAAAACAUUGAAAUUCCCAGUGGAAAAACUUUGUCACAUGCUCAAUUUUGACACUAUAUCAGACACAACCUCCAUUUUGAAACAGAGAGGAUUAUGGGUAGCAGACGGCAAUGUCAUAUUCCAGAAGACAAACUAUCAAGAUGAACAGAUCGAUUUGCUUCAUUCUAAAUCUAUAGAGAAUCAAUUGAAAAUGCUCAAUGCAUCUGACUUACUCAUCGAUGGCUUGAUAUCAAGUGAUGCUCAAAGCUUUGAGGAAUCUUUUGAGAAAAUGAAUAUUAGUUCGGAAAGCCCACAUUCGAACCCUGGAACGAAAUAUGAACAAACUGAAUGGUGGGAUGAAUAGAUGAUUCGAUACAAAAAUGUGAUUGCUAGGAGGGUUUUAAUUAAAAAUGCAUUUUUGUAGGGGUGGGGUUAUUACAAGAUUGCAAAUUUUGCCAAAAAUGGUAUUUUUACCAAUAAUUUAUCAAAUAAAGUAGAGGCAUAUAAAAAUGAUGUUAUUAUAAUUGUCUCUGAUGGAAAUUCAGAUUUUUGGGUUGAUUUUAAUAGAGCUAGAUAGAGCCUAUUGGGCCUGUAUAAGAGACUACAUUUUUAAUGGGUUUUGAUUUCCAUGAAACUAAUAUGUACAUGUCUGAGCGUAUUUGAAGGGAUAUAGUGAGGUCGCUGUCUGUCAAAUCUAUUUGUUCUUGCUGAAGCUUCUUGCUCUGGAGAUUCAUAUAAUGAGAUUCACUCAUUAUAGCACCCAUGGGUGUUUUAAACUGAAAUAUCUCUCAAAAGAAUACCCAUGGGUGUUAGUUAUGAACGGAGAAAUCCUUGUUUCUUUCAAUAUUCAACUUGAAUAUUGAUUGUUAUGCAUCAAACCAUAUGCUUUUGAUAUAAACUCUGAAAAAUUGCCUCAUUUUCUCUUGCAUAAUGAAUAAACAGUUGGUUUUAUAUUACAAUACAUUUUGGCACUUUGGAAAAAACACAAUACAAUUAGCAUUGUUGUUAGCAUAAUUAUUCAAUUGAUACAAUUUACAGUAGUUUGGAUCUAAGCAUUGUAAGAAGUCCCUUGAUACAACAAUCGUCAAUCCAUAUUUUAUUAAAUGAUGUAUUUAAAAGUAUUUGAUUGUCAUAUAAGUAUCACCCAAUUACUGGAAUCCUGAAAUAAGUUAUCAAUAACUUGUGUAAAAUACAGAAUAUAUUUUGCCUAAGAAAGUCUACUAAAUACAUCUUUUGAAAGCCUAAUGUUUUCUAGAUUUUAUAAAAAAAAGUGUAUAACUAAUUUAUUUAAUAGUAUGAUGUUUUAAGUUGUAUUUCAACAGAAAAUGAUGUCAAAGGGUGGGAUACAGUGACAAGAGUCUAAUACGGAGUUUGUAUCCCAUGACAUGAGCAUAUAAGAUAUAUCACAUAGGACAGAUCACUAGAAACCAUUGAAUAAAUUAUUUUGUUGUUUUUGAGACAUUUAGCUCCAAAGUUACUCAAUGUGCUAUUCACGCUAUAGGGGGGGGGUGAUAUUUUGAUUUGAGGGGGGGUGAUAUUUUGUUUGAGGGGGAAAACAACAGUGAAAUCUGUCAAGCUGGACACCUCUAGAAGUGGAACAC